AUGCAGGUGAUCAACCAUGGAGUGCCGGGGCAGGUGAUAGGCAAGAUGAUGAGCAGUGCGGAGGAGUUCUUCGGGCUCCGCAGAGGAGGAGAAGAUGGUGCACUACUCCACCGACAGCAAGAAGCUUCCACGGUUCCACACAAGCAUCGGCAACGACCAGGAGAAGCUUCUCUACUGGAGGGACGGCCUAAGCUUGGCUGCUACCCCUUCGAGCUAUUCAGGCACCAGUGGCCUCAAAAGCCAGCCAGACUCAGGGCGGCGUUGGAGGCGUUCACGACGGCGGUGAGGGCGGUGGCGCUGCGCCUGCUGCGGCUCACCGCGGCAGGGCUGGGGCUCGACGAGGGCCACUUCGAAGGGGAGCUCAGCGCGGGGCCGGUGAUCAUGAACGUGAACCACUACGUGCCGUGCCCGGACCCGAGCCUGACGAUGGGCCUGGCGCCGCACACCGUCCUCGCGGACAACGGCGUCCGCGGCCUGCAGGCUGCUGCUCCUGCUGGGAACGGCGUUGCCUGCCCCUUGGCCAGCCCUACUCUGGGGAUUGGGCCUCAUUUUGGACCUAAACUAAAGGUGGUUUUGGAUUUUACUGGGCCAUGA